GGUUUGCUUCCUGCCUUCCCUAUUUAUAUGUUUCUUCUACAAUGGCGUGACCGCCGACUGGUACCGGCGACGGCAGUAGCAGGCAUCAGUCGCGAGUCGCUACGCCGGCCUCCUGCGGCUGCAGCUUUGGCCGUGGCCUGCGGUUGCAGCUGCAAGCUGCAACGUACGAGUUUGUGUAUAUUAUUAGUGUUUUUAGUCUGGAUUUGUAUUUAUUUUUGUGGAUUUUGCAUAUAAAUGUUCUCACUUUUGAGAAUGUUAAUUAUAUUGGUUAGCAAGGGGUUAUUAUUGAUUGUUAAAUCUUUAUAGAGUAAUAGAACAUCAUAUAUUUUUGACAAAUAACAAUUCAAAUGAAUAUAUUCCUGAACUAACAUGUUACAACUCCAUCAAUUUCUUCCAGUAAACCAAUAGAAAGUAACAACGCUAUUACUGGACAAGAAGUUAGGGGGGUGAUGAAGGUGCUAUUAUGUUUGUACUGUUAAUUGUUAUGAUGUAUUAGUUGGACUUAUAGAUUUGUGGUUAUUCGCUGGUUUUCAUUUGAUUCUAGACAUUGGAUUAAACUUGUGUUGUUAGAUUGUUUGUAUUAUAUACUUAUGGAUUUGUGGUUAUUGGUUGGUUGUCAUGUGAUUUUAGACAUUGCAUUGGAUUUGUAUUGUUAGAUAUUUGUAUUUAUUGAUUUGUGGUUAUGUAUUACGAGUAGUUUUUUUAUUAUUGUAUUAGGUUUGUUGUUUUAUUUUUUACAAAUACCUAAGCCAAAGCCUAUAAUGGCCUUAAGCAAUAGGGCCUACUUUGCUUCCUCAAUAGGAAGAUAUAGAGCUGCAACUGGGAGUAAUAGAGCUCAAUAGGAAGAUAUAGAGCUGACCACACCAUUUCGAUGAGUUUGGGUCAAUCUAGAAAUGCUGGGCUUCCACUGCUGAAUCUUGUGAAGCUAAAAGGAGUGCCCAUUUUGCAGCAACUGCAUCUUGAGGAACGACUGCUACGAACUUCAUCCGAUAAUUGGUGCAUCAUUAAUGAUGGAACAAACACACCCACCAUUGUUAUGGGUAUCUCUGGCAAUCCCACUGAACUUCUUGAAAUCAAUUAUGUUUUACGAGACAAGAUACCAGUUAUCAAAAGGUUUACUGGUGGAGGUACUGUAAUAGUUGAUCAUGGGACAAUGUUUGCAACUUUUAUAUGCAAUAAGGAUGAUGUUCCUAGUGUACAACCAUAUCCCCGACCUAUCAUGUCAUGGAGCAGCUUAUUAUACAGUAAGGUAUUCCAAGGAGUUGGGGAUUUCUACCUUCGUGAAAAUGAUUAUGUAUUUGGCAACCACAAGUUCGGUGGAAAUGCUCAGUCUAUAACAAAGAACCGGUGGAUCCAUCAUACAUCUUUUCUAUGGGACUACGAGAUCUCAAACAUGGCAUAUCUGAGUCUUCCAAAGAGGGCCCCUGAUUAUAGACAGGCAAGAGACCAUUUGGAGUUCAUAUGCCGCAUGAAGGACUACUUAUCCAGGGCACAAUUCAUGAACCGGACCAUCGAUGCAGUCAAGUGUCAUUUUUGUGUGAGAUCAAUGGAGGUGGAAGAAGCUGAGCUUUUGUGUGACAUGAAAUUUUCACCCUCUUCUAGGCUACUUGAAAAGCAAGAGUUGGAGGAGGCAGUUCUUACUUGAGUCCCAGCCUGAGAACACUAUAUUGCAGUCAUUGUGAUUUUUCAUCUUUUCGUCUGAGAACCACCAUUACCAUGUGUAUGUUUCAUAUUUGUACACAUCCACCCCAGUUAUCAAAUUUUUUUAAUAUUAA